AUGGACCCAAAAAGCCAUCCGGCACUACCAGGGUACCAGCAGUCUGUCCAGAGUGUUAACACAGGUUCAGAUGACAUAAAGAUGACUACAGAACAAGGACCUGCAGCCUCCAAUGCUGCCGAUGUUUAUGAUUUUAAUAACCAUGACGACGGCAACAGUGGCAAUGAACAGCCCCCACCUCCGAAGCCUAAAGGCAGACGAGGUCGCAACACAAACCAGCUGCAGUUCAUGCUGAAGUCGGUUCUGAAAGCUGUAUGGAAACACCAGUUUGCUUGGCCCUUCCACCAGCCUGUGGAUGCUGUGAAAAUGCAGCUGCAUGAUUAUCAUAAAAUUAUAAAGACUCCGAUGGAUUUGGGAACCAUCAAGAAGCGGUUGGAAACUUACUACUACAGCUCAGCCAAAGAAGCCAUGCAGGACUUCAAUACGAUGUUCACAAAUUGCUAUGUCUAUAACAAGCCGGGUGAUGAUAUCACUUUGAUGGCACAAGAACUUGAAAAGUUGUUUUUACAGAAAGUUGCAGACAUGCCACCUGAGGAAAUCGAACUUCCAGUUGGUGGCAAGAAAGGAAGGGGAGCUAAAGCUGCAGCAGCAGCUGCUGCCCGAUCAGCUUUAAAGAAUCUCAACUCUGAGAAUAGGGCAGUCCCUUCAGCACCAAUUCCAAGGAGCACCCCACCUCGAUCAGCUACAGCUCCAGCUUACCAGUCCCCAUCUAAAGCAGCUUUACUUGCUGCUCCAGCUAACAACAGUAUGUCAGCACUCACUGGCUCCAAGUUAUCUGCGGCUCUGCAGGAAGAGCUUCAGCCUGCUGCUGCUGCCGCACAGACAUUACCUGCUGCUGUUUUACCCUCUCAGCCUGCUAAGCCAAAGAAGAGUUUGAAGCGGAAAGCUGACACAACAACACCUGGUACUUACAUUGGCUCAACAAAUGUACCUCCAGCACUUUAUGACUCUCAGUAUGAACCAAUGAAAAUUAGUGGCAAAGGUCAGCCCAAUCGUAGAGAAAGCGUUCGUCAAAUUAAAAAACCCAGACGAGACCUCCUUGACGAGCAGGGAAAUGUAAGUGAUGCCAGUGCACAGCACAGUUCAAAAGGCAAGAAGGGCAAACUGACGGAACAAAUGCGCUAUUGUAGUUCGAUCGUGAAGGAGCUCAUGACAAAGAAACAUCAGGCAUAUGCAUGGCCAUUUCUAAAACCUGUUGAUGCAGAAGGCUUGGGACUGCAUGAUUAUUACGAUAUUAUUAAAAAGCCCAUGGACCUUGCUACAGUGAAGAAAAAGAUGGAAGAUCGUGAAUACAGAAGUAUUGGUGAAUUUGCUGAAGAUGUUCGACAAAUAUUCCACAACUGCUACAGGUACAACCCUCCAGAUAGUGAUGUGGCUAAAAUGGGUAGAAAACUACAGGAAGUAUUUGAAAUGAAGUAUGCCCGCAUGCCUGAAGAACCAGUCCAGGCUGAUCCAACACCACCCUCAUCUGUGGCCUCAGGUUUGACCCGAGGGGAUGAAGGUAGUGGGGUUUCUUCCAGUGAGGACAGUUCUGAUGACAAUGACAGUGAAGAAGAAAGAGAAAGGAAACUGAGAGACUUACAAGAUCAACUGGCCAAAGUCCAGGAGCAGCUAGCUUCACUUACCAGGGAGCAUGUGCAACGAUUGAAAGACAAAAGUGAAAACAAGACCAAGAAACCCAAGAAGGAAAAGAAAGAAGAAAUUAAGAAAGAACUUAUAGACAAUGUGAAUCCACCACAGCAGGUGCCUGUGGCUUCCUUGCCGCCGCCGGCUCUCACAAAAGACACUCCAAAACCCAAGAAGAAAUCAAAACAAAAGUCACCUGCUGUGAAAAAAUCAAGAAACAACAGCAUUACUAGGGCAGGCUCAAAUCGCAAACGCUCGGUGUUACCACCUCCUUCUCUGACCGUACCACCGUUUGACAGCGAUGACGAAGACAAUGCAAAGCCGAUGACUUAUGACGAGAAGAGACAGCUGAGUCUUGACAUCAACAAGCUGCCAGGUGACAAGCUCGGCAGAGUGGUGCACAUUAUUCAGUCUAGAGAACCGUCCUUAAGAGAUUCGAAUCCAGAUGAGAUUGAGAUUGAUUUUGAAACUCUCAAACCUUCUACACUUCGUGAAUUAGAAGAGUAUGUCAUGACCUGUUUAAAGAAGAAACCCCGUAAAGCAUACACAAAGAAAGUUUCUGGUAAGUCCAAAGAGGAGGCUCAAAGAGAGAAGAAACUGGAGCUAGAGAAGAGACUAGAAGGUGUUCAGCAACAGCUUGGCCAAACCGCCAAGAAACCCAGAAAAGAAGAUGGUACCGGCAGUGACAUGCCGGCAUCAAGUCGGUUGAGUGCCAGCAGUAGUAGCACAUCAGGCAGUGACAGUAGUAGUGACAGUAGUUCGUCCAGCUCCUCAGAAUCCUCCGAUUCCGAAUCAGACACUCCAAAACCCAAGAAGAAAUCAAAACAAAAGUCACCUGCUUCUGGUCCACUGAAAGGGUCAAAGGUUCCUUUGGCAGCAGCCAACAAGAAAGACACAUCCUCACCAGUUAACCUGACCUCUCCUGUGAUCCCGAAUGCAUUCCCAAAAGUGCAGCCAGCCAUGAAUGUUGCAGCCACCCAUGUGAACUCGGUGAAGCAUGAAGUCCGUCCAGGUGUAGGCAUAGGUAACAUCAGCUUAUCUGGUCCUUCAAGUCUCAGCUUGCCCAAUACUUCCGGCUCUCUGUCAUUGACAUCUGCUGCUACCGCAACUAACAGAACUAUCACACACACCAUGCCUGCUCAACCUCCCAAGCAACCACUUGCUGUAGCUACCCCCAAGCCGGUGGCCAGACCAAACACGCUCAGCUGCCUGGGGCAGUUGACCGACGCAUUGCAUCAAUCACCGGCCCCGAGGGAACUCCGGCUUCAAGUUUGCCCUGGGAGAAGACCGUCUAAAGAUAAUAAUGUGGUGGCUAUGCAGACUCAACAGCAGCAUCAGCCCAGAACACAGCCAGCAAACCCUGAAACUGCUCUGCCUGGAGCUGCAGCAAGGAAAGCUGACAACCUUGUCCACUUGUCUCUAAGUGAUGAAGAUUCUAGUCCAUGUCCUAGUCCUCCAAAUUCAGCUCCAAGUGCUCCGCUUGGAGCCGAAGCGUCUGCUGCAAGUGGGGUUGGUGUAUCCUUCGGUGUUGGGUACAGCCAUCAGAACAAUGCCAUCAAGUCCAAUGAUGUGGAAAAUAAAACUCCCCCUGUUCCGACAGUCUCCCAGCCGCCAGCAGGCAAGAUGGAGGUAAAAAUGAACAAUGCCCAGUCAUGGAACUCUAUCACUGCAACUUUCCAGCAUUUCAAGAAAAUCAAUGAGAUGAAAAAUCAGAAAGAAAUAUAUUUAAAGAAAGCCGAGGAACAGAAACAGAAGCUGGCAAAAGAAAAACAAAGAAUUGAGGAAGAAAAGAAACGUGAGAGGGAAGAAGAGGAGGCCAUUGAGGCAGCACGCAAGAGAAAAAUGGAAGACGAUAAAGCAGAGGAGGAAAGAAAGAAGCGAGAAAGAAUAGAGCAGAUGAGACGGGCAGCUCAGAUGAGAAGGGAAGCAACUGCCAAUAUAAUCGACAUGAAUGCACAGAAUGACCUGAUGGCAUCAUUUGAAGCUUCUUAUCAGAACAGGUCUUGA